GCACGAAGAUGACGCAGGGAGCGAGGGAGGAAGGCGCCGCCACGGCGCAGUCCGCCCCCGGGGCGAGUUGUCUUCACACAGCGCGGCUCGUGACGGUCAACAGCACCCGAACGACUUCUCCUUCCUACAUCGACGAGUCCGUGUGGUGUGUAGUGGUGGUGUGGUGUCUGGUGUGUAGUGUCUAGUGUGUAGUGUGGUGUAGUGGUGGUUGGUGUAGUGUCUAGUGUCUGGUGUGUAGUGUCUAGUGUGUAGCGUGGUGUAGUGUGGUGUAGUGGUGGGUGGUGUAGUGUCUAGUGUGUAGUGUGGUGUAGUGGUGGUGUGGUGUCUAGUGUCUGGUGUGUAGUGUGUAGUGUGGUGUAGUGUGGUGUAGUGGUGGGUGGUGUAGUGUCUAGUGUGUAGUGUGGUGUAGUGGUGGUGUGGUGUCUAGUGUCUGGUGUGUAGUGUGUAGUGUGGUGUAGUGUGGUGUAGUGGUGGGUGGUGUAGUGUCUAGUCUAGGGUCUGGUGUGUAGUGUGUAGUGUCUAGUGUUGUGUAGUGUGUUGUGUAGUGUCUAGUGUUGUGUAGUGUGUUGUGUAGUGUCUAGUGUUGUGUAGUGGUGGUGUAGUGUGUAGUGUCUAGUGUGUGUAGUGUGUUGUGUAGUGGUGGUGUAGUGUCUAGUGUGUAGUGUCUAGUGUUGUGUAGUGUGUUGUGUAGUGUAGUGUGUGGUUGAGUGUAGUGGUGGUCUAGUGUGUAGUGUAGUGGUGGUGUAGUGGUGGUGUAGUGUCUAGUGUGUGGUGUAGUGGUGGUGUAGUGGUGGUCUAGUGUGUAGUGUAGUGGUGGUGUAGUGGUGGUCUAGUGUCUAGUGUGUGGUGUAGUGUGUGGUGUAGUGGUGGUGUAGUGGUGGUCUAGUGUCUAGUGUGUGGUGUAGUGGUGGUGUAGUGGUUGUGUAGUGUGUGGUGUAGUGGUGGUGUAGUGGUGGUCUAGUGUCUAGUGUGUGGUGUAGUGGUAGUGUAGUGGUGGUCUAGUGUCUAGUGUGUGGUGUAGUGGUGGUGUAGUGGUGGUGUAGUGUGUGGUGUGUGCGAGGUGGUGGUGGUAAACACGACGGCGAGACAAUAACAACGGCGAUCUGCAAUAAGUUGUCCAGGGCCAUUUUUUUGGUGAAUUCGUGAGAAUCCCGAGAGAGAGAGAGGGGACCCCCCCCCCCGGGGCGAGAUUACUAGGAUCGGAGUGAUGUUCAAGUCUCUGGGAAGCUGGUUCGGCGGCGGGAACAGUCCAGACGGACACGGGGAGAGGGGAGAGGACGAGGAGAAGGUGGUGGAGGAGAAGAAGGGGCAGGAAGGUGAUCGACAAGAGAAGCAGCAGCAGCAGCAGGAGAAGGAAGAGGAGGAUCUGGAUGUGACGGGGCAGGCUGGCGUGUUUGGCAACUACCUCUACAACGUGGCGGUAUCUGCCACCAAGAAGGUGUCCGAGUCGGUGUUGGAGACGGCACAGACGCUGCGAAAGACGGUGGAGGAGGGGAAACUGGACGUGAUCCUGGACAAGGGAAUUCUCGGGGAAUUCAACAAGGAGCAAGAGAAGUUUAAGCAGGAGAAUCUUAAAAAGAGAUCCGAUGUGGCGGUGCCCCCGUGGGUUGGCUGUCACGACGAGGACACGGUCCGCCAGCAGAUCCUGGCCCUCUCCGCGGAGCGACGGAACUUCCUGCGAGACCCGCCGGACGGUGUGCAGUUCCACUUCGACUUCGACGAGACCUUCCCCGUCGCCACGGUGAUGCUGGAGGAGGACGAGCUGCUCAAGCAGAUGCGCUUCGACCUUGUGCCAAAACUGGUGAAAGAAGACCGGUUCUGGAGGAACUACUUUUACCGCGUGUCGCUAGUGAAGCAGUCGUCCCAGCUGACAGCAUUGGCCGCUUCACCUCAGUCGUCUUCCUCCACGGCUUGCGAGCAGCUGGAGAUGCGGGCAGGAGAGAGCAGGGACGCUGCGUGGACACACGACUCCACAGACUCCACCAAACCAAGGACGCCACCGCUGUCGAUAACGAAACAGGCGACUGGACCAGAGGGAGAGGAGGAGGAGAUGUCCAUGAGCCCGAACCCGGAGGAGUUUGCCAGCGAGGCGUUCAGUGAUCCGGGCGGCACGCGUAUGUGCGCCGACGAGCUGCAGAAGGCCAUGCGGGAGCUGGGCAUGGGCAAGGAGUCGGAGAGCGCGCCAGCGGCGGCGGUCACGGCGGCGGCAACAGGAGGAGGAGGAGACGCGGCGCAGAGAACAGCAGGAGGUGGUGCCGGCGCAGCGGAACCGGCAACGCAUGACGAUGCCGAGUGGGAGGAGAAGAUUCAGCAGGAGAUUCAGGACUACAACAUCGAGGAGGAUGAAGACAAGGGAUCUUGGGAGGACGAGAUAGAGGAGAUGCUGCAAGCGGAAAACUGAUGUUGUGGCCGCAGAAAAAAGAAACGAACGGACAUUUUUCACGGUGCCAUUCGGCCAUUUCCUAGCUGAUGCUGCAGGUGGCUCCUACCCACCAGCUUGUGUCACAUAAUAUCGACAGAUGUUUGUGCACGUUGCGUCACCUUUCGGCAUCCCUUUUCAAGGAAUAUAAUUUGCGCUGUAUUAUACGCAAGUUGUGUAACUAAUCAUGUUGUCAAUGUACACACCGUAAUUUUUAGUACAAACGUACGGGUUGAAAUGAUUUGACGCCCCUUUUUUGGUAACGAAGCAAUGCAAUACAAUUAAUAGUGCAAAGCCCUUUUGUCAACCCACCACUGGAUGGAGGCCUUCCCAUGCCGUGUUGGUCAUGGUGUUUGACCAUACCUCGCCACGCUGGUCAGUGCGGGUUUGUGAAGGGCACACCCAGGAACGGUUCGAUGCCCACUGUCAAUGUUAGUCGUGGCCCGGGAUUCAAACUCAGGGAGCCGGGUUCAUAGCGCAGUGCUCUAACCAUGCCACUGCUCCACGCCGCAAACAAUUAUACAAUACUAUUUGUAUAAGCAUCUCUGAAAUGUGCAUGACUUUUCCAUCUCUCGCUGGCAGACACUGAAGUCCAAAUUUAAGCAUGCAUUUAUUACUCUGCACUACAACAGGUCUGCAAACAUCAUUCGCAUCUCCUGUAAAUAUUGUUUCAGGCCUAAAUAAACAGUUGAAACGCAAGGACUCGUGACAGGUGUUUGGAGCCAGUGUUGCGUGGAGGCAGGUUUCUAGAACGGUGUUGCGCUUGGUGACGCAGUUGUGCACGUUCAAGCCAUAAGGCACGGAUGGUACCAUUCAUUCCCGGGCUGUCUCAUCCGUACUUUGUUCAACAAUCUCACUGUAAAUCACAACACUACUCUGCUUCUCUGCUCGCGGUGCUACACUUCGUAAAUCCCUCCAACCGCCUAUUUUCCGAAGUUCUCACAACCUUCAUUUCAAUUAAUGGGUUAAUUAUCUGCAACAACUUUUAAAGAACCAAGCUGGCCGCUUGGUUCUUUAGGCCUGUGUUCACCAACCGCUUGGUGAACAUGCAACGUUGGGCAACGUGGGUCCAAAGUUCCAUGUUUAUAUUUAAAAAAAAGCCUCGGCAAAGAGUUUUUUUUUUUUAUCCUUGGAGCAUUGCAUCGUGGCAGUGAAGCGAGGUUCAAGAAUGUUUGGCUCCGAGUGGUCUCCAUCUGUUUGGCCCUCCAGAUGAGAAGCGCUUGGGCAACGGUUCCAAUUUAAGAAGUAAUGAAGUGUGUCCUGAUAUGGUUCAAGCAGAGACAUGCCGCCUCCUAUGCUGCAUUGGGCAGUCAGGCCCUCGUGUGCAUUGGUGGGAGAAGUGUUGUCUUCACAACGCAAUGAUGCCUCGUUACUUUUCAGUCCCCCAACAUUCUGUUGCCCCCCACCCACAGCUAAGACCAGGCCUAUCCCAACCCCUCCCUAUCACUCUUGUUUUGCCUGUCAUCAACACUACACCAUCACUUACAUAACCUAAAUCUUAAUUUCAAAUCAUUAUCGUAUGUGCAAUUGUAUUCUUGCUGUAAAGCGCCUUGGUUAAGGCGUUAUAUAAAUCUAGAUCCUGGAAUUAAAACUCAACUCUCCGGGAAUGACUACGGUAAUCUUCCUCGUUUGAAGGAGCAUCUUUACGCAGCACCUCCUAUAUGUACGGUGGUUUGAAAGGCUGAUCCUAAACAGGUUACGAUGAAGGGGAACGCUGCUCUAUAUGGGUGCACGGCACAUAUUCGACUGGCGCAUAUUUAUCUCAGCCAAGUAACCACGCACACCAAGUGCAGUAUUGGUGCACGGUGGUGUAACUCAUGACUACAGAUGUUCACACAUGUGACCUUUUCACAUAACCGCCCAUUGUCCCCAACGACAUGGGAGUGACAUUGUCCUGUAUAGUAAACGGUUACCAUUAAUUAUAACCAUCAGCUGGUAUUCUUUAAUCACUCUUUAAAAUGAAAUCUCGCAAUGUUUGCUACGAGUUACACAUACGGAUUCAUAGUUUCUGGGGGGGAACAUUGUGGUGCGUAGGUGGUGUCUAUAGUGGCAUAGCUGUUGAGUGCACAGGAAAGGAAAUGCCUAUCACACGAUGCCACUACUGGGCCUUUUCAGUUCUGUGUUGUAUAAAUGUUAUGCAUUCUUAAUGUGCGCUUUACAUCCUUAAUAAUGUACUUGAACAUCAAGUGGUACUGUAAAUGCAAAAUAAACUCCACAUUAAAGUUGACGGCA